AGGAUGUCUUUCCAAGUAGUGAUCAAUGCAACUCUUACUGGCAUUGCAAAGCUGAAACUUCAUUUCCGUAGUGACCGAUGAUUAAUCACUAGCUUCCAAAUUGUUUUAUUCGCUGGGAGUGGUUGCAAGAGCUGGCCUGGGAUUUUGAACGGCUGCUAACACAGAACUUUUAGUAAACAAUACAAAUCCAAACAGUUGCAGUGGGAUUUUGCCUUGCCUGUAUUCCUUGUAUUCUCUGCAUCAUGAGAAUGGAUCAAGAGCACAAAGACACUACCUUGGAACUGGAAUCAGAGCCUGAAAGUCCUUCAAUGACUCCUAUGGAUCUUUUUAUGCCAAUUGGUCUUGAUACAUGGACUUUUCGUGAUCAUGGCAGGAAAAAGUUAUUUCCGCCUCCAGAGAUGAUGCAAAAACUUAGUGAAGAGAGGAGCAACCCUGUGUUGCUGGAGUGUAGGUUCCCUAGAAUGACAGAUGACAUGGCCAGGAGUGCACUGCUCAGUUUUGUCAAUUCCAAAUGUUGCUAUGGCAACAGAGCUGCAGGCGAGCUCCGCAUUCAGGAACUGAAGCCACAGACCUUCUACAGAUAUCGACUGAAAACCUUUAACGAAACAAGAGUAUGUGAAUGGACAUUUGAGCCUUAUACCAAUGCUUCAGUGGAUGGUCCACAAAAUGGUGUAUCUCCUCGACCUUGGGAUAUUAAAGUCCAAGUACCACAGAUGUUUCAGGAAGACACAAAAAAGUUUCGUGUUCCCCAUUCUUCUUUACUCAAGGAAUGUCAUAAAUGCCAUGGCCGGGGUCGAUACAAAUGCAGUGGAUGCCAUGGUGGAGGAAGGAUGAGGUGUGUCACAUGUAAUGGAGCCAGGAAAGCCAAAGCCAAACAUUUAAAAUAUCAGAAACGGUGUCAGAUGUGCUCAGGUACCGGUCGCAAAAGGUGCGACACUUGUUCUGGAAGAGGCAACAAAACUUGUUCCACCUGUCAAGGGGUGAAAAAGUUGCUACAUUCCAUCCAGUUGAUAAUAACUUGGAAAAACAAUGUAUAUGAAUUCAUUUCUGAACACCAACUAAGCUUUCCAAGAGAUCUGCUCAGUAAAGCUAUGGGGGAAAAUGUACUUAAAGAUGAAAAUACUCUGGUAUAUCCUCUUGUUGAUUUCCCUAAUGCGGAGAUCUCACUCGCUUCGCAAAGAGCCAUUGCAGAACAUCAUGGCCUGCUCACCAGCACAUCUCGCAUCCUACGGCAGCGACAGACCAUAGAGCUAGUUCCUGUGACUGAAGUCCAUUAUCAAUAUGCUGCAAAGUCAUAUAUUUAUUAUAUCUAUGGAACAGAGAACAAAGUCUAUGCCCUGGACUAUCCUGAAAGAUACUGUUGUGGCUGCACUAUAAUCUGACAGUGAAAUUCUGUACAAGUAUUCUUUAUAUAAAACAAGCUAUUUUUAUGUCUAAAUUAUCUAGACUGGGAUGAUAUGGAUUUCCUGCUUACUACUGUGAUAAGCUUUGUUAUCCUAUUCCUCCAGAUAAGAAAGCUGAAGGCUUUUAUCUGGUAAUAAAAUGUCCUAAAUCCUAUUUUUACUUUUGUUUAAACAACAUAUAUCUAAAUAUGUAUCUUUAAAUAUAUAUGUCUAGUAUAUAUUUUCUGGAAAAAUAACACCUUGGAACAUUUUAACAAACAUACACAAACAAACAAUGCAUUUUUUUCUGAACAAAGUAUUGGCCGAGUCACAAAUUUGUACAGCUUUUAGUUAUCUCCCAACACAAUUUAUAUAUUUCACUUUUCGCCAUAAUAUUCUUUCUCUCUAAUUUUUAUUUUCUUUUCCUUAUUUCUGUUAUAUAACUAAUCUCUAAUCAUUAAUCAAUUUUUCUCUUUUUCUCCCUCCUCUCAUUGCUUCCUCCAAGUCAAAACACUUUCAUUUCAAAUCAGUCAUUUUUCUAAUAUUUAACCCUAACUCUAAAUCAUCCUAUUCAAAUAUUUUCUCAUUACUCCCUUUUCACAACAUAAUAUAGUUUCAAGCAUUUUCUCUAAAUUCCAUUAUUUCAAUCACAAAAAUUAAUAUUCAUACUAUUUUACAUAUAUAAUCCAGUUACUUCCCUCUUUUCCAUUUCUUCCUUUAUCAUCUUAUCCAAAUACUACAAUCAAAUACCUUACUACAAUUCAUUUAAAUAUAUAACAUUAAAAACAUUCAUUUCUGUUUCUUAAUUCCCAUUAUUUUUUUUAAGUAAACCCAAUUUUUCCAUUGCUUUUUAAACUAAGUUAAUCUUCACAAUAUAAUAUAAUUUCAAAUGUUUUAGCUGAGUUCCAUUUUUGCAAUUAAAGACAUUUCAAAUAUUACAAUCUCGUAUAUUGCAUUUACUACAGUUCAUUUAUACUUAUCAAUGGUGGGUUCUAAGCAGUUUUACCGCCAGUUCUCAUCGCGCGCACACUUUGCGCGCAAUGUAUGAGAUGAUGGAAACAGGAAUAAUUCUAGAAACCUUUAGACAAGCAAGUUAUUAUAUAUGGGUUAAGGCCAUUUUCUUUAAAAUUUGGAUUGUUUUGCAUGUGAUUUUGCUUAAGUGAGAGACAAUGAAAUUCUGUUCCUCCCCUUAAGUUAUCAAGAAACAGUUGCAUGUGUAUUGUAUAUAGAGAAAAAAUAAGUAGCAUGAAUCUAGUUGUUCUAGGUCAGGAGUGUCAAACUUGCAAUGACACGUUGUUGUUAUGUGAUGUAUUGCAACUGUUUUCCGCUUCACUAAACCGAGGGUGGGAGUGGUCAACGUGUGACGUAUCUGGCCCAUGGACUGCGAGUUUGAGACCCCUAUUAUAAGGCAUAGUAAUGUACUAAAUUAGAAGCUUAAGAUAAAACACUUGUGUUAGUAGAAUAUAUUGUACCGAGUAUAUAUUUUUGUAGGGAAAACACAAUGAUAUAACAAAACCAUGUUUUCUUUUGUUGUGAACUGUUUUAUCAGGAUUAGGCAGAAAGCAAGUAUCCUAAAAUUUAUCUGUAUAUACAUUUCAGACUAACAGGCAGAGUAGACAGGUGGAUGAGGACUUCAUAGUAUAUCUUACAGUGAUUGUAAUUUCCAGAAGUCAACAAGAUUUUUAUAUUUAAGUCCUAAAGUCAUUCAUAAAUAAGUUUGUCUAUGAUGUUUCUUUAGAAAAAACAUGACUAAUUAUGAGACAUAAUAUCCCCCCUCAAAAAAAGAAAAAGAAAAAAGAGAAGCAAAAUAGAAAAAGAAAAAUUCUGGUGUGAGUCCCAAUCCCAACUACGUCAGCGUCCCAUAUUCACAGCGUAAUUAUUUUCACAUAUCAUUGCAGAAUUGCUAGGUGGAGUGGUGCAGUAGCCUAGAGGUGGAGCUCUCGCCUCACAAUCAGGAGGCUGUGAGUUCAAUCCUAGGUAGCAGCAGAUAUUUCUUUCUCUGGGCACAAUAAGUAAAUAUCAGCUGCAAACUCUGCAUUGGUGACAGGAAGGGCAUCCGGCCAGUAAACACUCAGGUCCAUUAGUCGACCCAAGUCCACCCCGAUUCAAGGGAUUUUGGGGUCAUUAAAAGACAAAAAAAAUUGCAGAAUUGCUAGGUUAUAUUUAGAAGUGAAUGAAUCUGCAGUACCCUGCCUUGCUUACUCGUGAUUUCAGGCCAAUGACAGAAAGGAGGUGAAUAAAUGCUUGGGGUUCACUGCUUUUUAUGUAAACUAAUAAGAAACUCAAUUUGAGAAUGCUGAUCCAAUGCAUGGGACCAACAGGGAAUAUCCACAGGCUUGAGGGAACUCAUUAAACUAAAAUAAUUAAGAGACUGGAGGCCUCGGUGGAGCUUCAAAAAAAAGAAAGAGGACUGGAAUGGAUAAAAAGGCAGACCGAUGCUUUGUUAUAAGUCCCACUAGUUUCCUUUGCAGCUUCUAAGUGAGCCAUUGAUGAUUUUCCAUAUACUGUAGUCCCUAUUAUUGCAGGAUUCAUGGUAUUAACAAUCAUUUCAGGAAAAGCCUAUGAACACAGUCCCACUUUAAUGAUUUUCCACUAGAGGGAAGCAAUGACAUAAAAAUCAGUCUUUAUUAUUCAUGGACAAGUACAUAUUUGUAAGACAUUUUGCAAAUCCCACUUGGGAUGAAUGUAUUUGUGUCUGUGCCUGCAUAUUCAACUUGUAUUUACAUGUUAAGUGACUGUGCAUAUAAGCGUUCGUAUCAUUCUUUCUCACACUUAUAUAUGAAUAUAUACUAGGCGCUAUGAUGUAAUCCACAGCAGGCAGGAAAAACAAUCCAAAAUUCAGACAACAGCAGAAAGCACAUUGCAAAUAUAAGUACUGAAUACUGAUUUUCAAAUAUAAAUAGUGCAAUGUUUUGCAUAGUUUACUCAAAAGUAAAUUCCACUGAAUAAAUUUUCCCCUAAAGUUAGCAGACAGAACUAUAAUCAUAAUUAUUUUUUUGGUUUAACUACCGUACAUUUGAUUUUGGUGUGCCUGUUGGGAUAGCUUCAUACAAAUGCUAACCUAGGAUAACAAAAUAUAAUUCUUAUACUGGGACACCAUAUGAUUGUGUGUCUAAACAAAUAAUUAUACUGAAGUUUUGGCUCAUACAGUAUACUAAACAAUGGCUGGCAUUCAUAGCAUGUAAGCUACCGUGUUUCCACGAAAAUAGGACCCUGUCUUAUAUUUUUUUGAACCCUGAAAUAACUGCUUGGCCUUAUUGCACUUAUUACACUCAAAAGCCUGAUUGGGCUUAUUAUCAGGGGAUGUCUUAUUUUUGGGGAAACAGGGUAUUAAUUACCCAACUUCAUUUUAGCCUAGUUCACUGAUGGCAAACCUUUUUGACACCAAGUGCCCAAACUGGAACGCUCGUGCGCACCCAAAGACCAGCUGGCCGGCAUGCACAUGCACCACACAUGUGCACAGCCGGUCUUCGGGUUUCCGGCAUGUGAAUACGCACUGGCCAGCUGGUCUUCAUGCAUGCCGAUGUACCAGCAACCCAAAAACCAGGUGGCCAGUGUGAAUGCGUGUGACAGAAACCAGAAGAGCAGCUCUGUGUGCCACCUCCAUCACAGGUUUGUCAUCACAGGCCUAGUUGUUUAUUUAUUAUUUAUUAUUUAUUUAUCAUUUAAACCUUCAUAGUCACCCAUCUGUAUAUGUCCCUGGGCAGCUAAUAUAGGAUAAAAACUAUAAAAAUAGCAAUUAAAAUGAAAUUCCUACAGUGAUACAAUUCCACUUCAUAGAAUCUUACUGCUGAUUCCUCUAAUGGCUCAGCCUAAUUUCUGUGAAAAAACAAGACUUCAUGGCUUUCUUCAAGGCACGAAGUAUUGAAGUUGUGGCUCUCUGGUGGAAGGUUGUUCAAGAAGGCUGUGUGAACGUAGACUUCAUUUGUACAUUUUAGUCAGGAGAUCCUAACCAACAGUAAUGUUCUUAUUAAUGGUGCUAGGGAUACUCUCUCUCUCUCUCUCCCUCCCUCCCUCCCUUACACACACAGAGAGAAUUUAUUUUAGAAGUUGGUUAUAAAUCAUAAGGCAUUUCCAGGAAGAUGAUACAGUAUCUGAAGUUUAAAGAUAUGCAUGCUGAUUUCUAAAUAGAACCUCAAUAGGUAAUUAUAUAGCAAUAGCAAUAGUACUUCGACUUAUCACUUCAUAGUGCUUUUACAGUCCACUCUAAGUGGUUUACAGAGUCAGCAUAUUAUCCCCAACAGUCUGGGUCCUCAUUUUACUGAUCUUGGAAGGAUGGAAUGCUGAGCCAACCUUAACCAGUCAGGAUUGAACUGCUGGCAGCUGGCACACUUGGCCUGCAAUAUUACAUUCUAAACACUGCGCCACCAUGAAUCUUAUAUAUAGAAUUGUUAUUUUGCAAGUUCAAUGUCUUUUUUUCCUAGGAACUCUGAAGACCAUCUAGAACAGGUCUGUCAAACUGGUGGCCCGCAGGGCGGAUACAUCAUGCUCAAGUCAUGUCCACCCUUGCUCCGCAAAGGCAAAAAAUACCGCUAUACGUCACGAUCUGGCCCAUGAUGUGAUUGAGUUUGACACGCCUAAUCUAGAGUGAGUCUCAGAAAUAAGAGAGGAUCUUCCAGAUGACAACCUAUGGAACCACUGCUAUCCAUGUUUAUGUAUGUAAGACCUGGCAACCUGAGAUGCUCCAGGAAUAAUUGAGCUUCUAUUCCAAAGAUCUCUACCUUUGGUGAUAUGGUGUGGGAUGGCUGGGAGGAGCAAGGAGGUCAAAGGUUACCCAUCUCAAUUAUAUUAUUUUCUGAAGAUUGCUUCUCAAAUGUGAUAU